UUGUCUUAGACUAUUAAAAUUGAUAAAGGUGAUCCAUAUUCUUGACAUACACCGUCACACACUUACUCUCGCACAGGUCUCUAACAUUCCCCUUUUCUCUUUCUGCAACUAAAAUACAAAAGCUACCAUCAUUUCUCUUGCAACUUCACUUGCCUUCAACUUCAUCCUUUCAUCCUCUCUUCACAUCUUCAUUCAUCCAUGGACACAGCUCACUGGCCACAGGAGAUGGUGGUGAAACCAAUAGAAGAUAUAGUAGUGACAAAUACAUGUCCAAAGGGUGUGGAAAAGAAGGCAAGGCCACAGAAGGAACAAGCCCUUAACUGUCCAAGGUGUCAUUCAAUUAACACCAAGUUCUGCUACUACAACAACUACAGCCUCACACAGCCUCGCUAUUUCUGCAAGACUUGUAGAAGGUAUUGGACUGAAGGUGGAUCCCUCAGAAACAUCCCUGUAGGAGGUGGAUCAAGGAAGAACAAGAGAUCUUCUUCUUCUUCCACACCUAAUAAUAAGAAGCUUAAUGUUCCUGAUCUAGUCAUCUCACCUCCAACUUUGUCACACACUCAAAACCCUAAGAAUAAUAAUAAUGUUCAUCAAGGCCAAGAUCUCAAUUUGGCUUUUCCAGCAACCGUCCCAGAUUUCAGAAACAUAUCUGAAUUGGUUCAACAAAAUAACAACAACAAUAGUAGCAACAGCAAUAUGUCAGCUUCAGUUUCUGCUUCUUCUUCUUCUUCAACUACUACUACUACUCCAGCCACAACAGCUUCUCACCUUUCUGCAAUGGAGCUUCUUUCUGGGAUCACUUCAAGUUCCACUGGUUUGAAUGCUUUCAUGCCUAUGCCAGUUCCUGCUGAUCCAAAUUCCGUCUACACUUGUGGGUUUCCUCUGCAAGAUUUCAAGCCAACCCUGAAUUUCUCUUUAGAUGGGUAUGCAAGCCUUCACAAUGUUCAAAGUGGGAGACUCUUGUUUCCGUUUGAGGACUUGAAACAGGUUUCUAACACCACCACCACCACCACGCCAAUGGAUCAGAAGCAACAAGGGGAUUCAACUGGGUAUUGGACUGGAAUGUUAGGCGGUGGAUCAUGUUGCAGCUAGCAAGAUUCAUCUGUGCAUUAAAAUGUGUUAUAUGAUGAAGCAGAAUAUAUGGUGCAAUAUAGCAAGAGGAGAAUAAAAGGGAGGUGAGAGUUCUGAUAUGUUCACGUGACAUCCCAUUAGAGAAAGGGUGAUUAAGAUAGUCAUCAUAACUACAAACUAAAAAGCUGCCUCUCAAUCGAAAGCUCACCUACCGGCCUCCACAAUAGUAAUAUUUUGGUUUGAAAGAGUGAAAUGUUUUUUAUGAUAGAUUUAAAAACUAAGAGUGUUGAAUGAGAUUCACAUUUGCAGCAUUAAGGCGAGGCAAUGAUGAUUGCUUGCGUCCCACCUCUUCCUUUGUCUAUCCCAAUUGAAAGAAGAAGAAGAAGAAAAAAAAGUGAGAAGCAUCUGACACAUGACAUACCCUGUUAUCUUGUGCUUUUCUGAGUGGGGGACCCAUAAACAUUCCCCUCGGCAUGUGUGCUGAAUAAGAAUAAUAAUACAGUCAGUCCCACUUGCUU